GCCCCGUAACGAAAUCAUCUCCUCCCCUCGGGCUGCGGAGCCGGGGCGUCAGUUUGGAGACACACAGCCGGGAAGUGUCUACUCCAGAGAAGCAGUGUGUGGCAGAAGAUUCAGGUCAAUUUUCCGCAUCCGUAUCCCAGCAACACUUUAGGCUGCUGGAGUCCUUCCGGGGCGGAGGUCAUCAUGGCGGCGGCCAUGGCUCGGCUCGGUCUGCGGUCAGUCAAGCACGUUCGGGUUCAGUUUUGCCCUUUCGAGAAGAACGUGGAGUCCACGAGGACCUUCCUCCAGGCGGUGAGCAGCGAGAAGGUUCGCUCCACCAAUCUCAACUGCGCGGUGGUUGUGGACGUGAGGCAUGACGGCUCUGAGCCCUGCGUGGACGUGCUGUUCGGAGACGGGCAUCGCCUGAUUAUGCGAAGCGCCCACCUCACGGCUCAGGAAAUGUUCGUUGCCUUCGCCUCCCACGUCCAAGCCAGAAGCGUUGCAGAGAGCGGGGAGAAGCCAGGAGCUGGUACUGGGCGCUGACAGCGAGGAAGAGACCAACAGAUUGAUUUUGACUUAGGACUAGGAAACUUACCUGAGAAGACGUUGAUUUAAACAUUCAAGUAAUUAUUGGAGGGCUACGGAGAGGCUAGGGACCGGGUCUGGGGAGCUGCAACACUUCUGGGGCAAGAUGGGGUGUGACGGGUCUGGACAAACCGAGGCAUUUUUCACUUUAUCACUUACAGUUCAACACCUGAAUUUGGCCUUUUCCACCACUCAAAGUACCUUUUUUUUUUUUUUUUGGUACCAGGGAUCGAACUCACCACCUCGUGCUUGCCAGGCAAGCACUUAUGCUGCUGAGCUUUUUUUUAAAACCCAAACUAGUUUUCUCCGUUCCCAUCUUCCUUAGUGGUUUCUGCUGCUCUUAAUUCACCCCCUCGUGAAAGCUGACUUCCUCUUGAAUCUUUCUCUUUUCCUAACUAUAAAGGCAUGUUAUCCUCAUCCUUCUUUUUAUUUUCUUUAUCUCUGGGACAUCCUAUCCUCUGUAUCAUAAACCUUGCAUUUCUGUUUGGUUCUUCUCAACUUGUAUGCUAUAGUAAGUUAACGCACUGUCAACUUCCUCCAAAUGCCACCAACAAGCUUUGUGUAAAAUAAAAUUGAUAAUCAUACAUGUAUAUAUGUUUGCCUCAUCUACCUGUCUUCCCCAUACUUUUUAGAAAGGUUAUUCUGGCCUCUUUGCCUGUAUAUUUCGUCUAUGAGUACAAAAUAGUGUGUAAUUUUUAAAAUCUCUUUAAAAUGAUGUCUCCAUUCCCACUCAUUGUCUUGUAUCUCUGUUGCAUUCUUUUAUCUGCUCUUCCUUUUUCUUAAUCAUUUUUGCUGCAUAAUUUUAUCUUUCCAAAGCACAUGACUGUGGUGACCUGAAACAAACAGUGCCGCCUAAAGUGAAUUGGUUUUAUUGGCCUUGUUUCUUGUUUUGUUUUGUAUUUUUGGUCUUUUUUGAGACAGGGUUUCAUGAUACAGUUCAGGCUAGCUUUGAACUCACUAUGUAGCCCAGGCUGGACUCGAACUAGCAGCAAUCCUUCUGAGUGCUGGGAUACAGGUGUGUGCCAGCCAUGCCUGGCUUCAAGUAACUUUUCAUUAACAAUUAAUGUGGAUUGGGGCUGGGGAUUUAGCUCAGCAGCAUAAAGCGCCUGCCUUGCAAGUGUACGGUUGAGAGUUCGGUCCCUGGUACCGAUAAAAAUGAAAAAGACCAAAAAAAAAAAAAAAAAAAGAAAGAAAGAAACAAUUAGUGUGGAUCAUGAAAUGAAUUUAAAGAAUUAAAUCAACCUUCAAAAAGUAAAAUAGUAAAAUUUUUCAGAGUGCAUGUUACAUGGACUUAGAAGUAUUCUUUCUGGAAACUAUAAUUGUGCUGUGUGUUUGCGUGUAUUGGAUUAUUUCUUACUGUGGAUUAUAGAAAGAAAAAAAAAAAAAAAAAAAAAGGUAAAAUCUCCUGCCAUAGAGAACUUCAGAAUGCCCAGCUAGGCAAGCAAAGAUCUUUUAGACACUGGCUGUUACUGAUUUGGCCAAAUACAUUUCCUAUGACCCUCCAAUACCAUUACUACUUUUCUGCCUAAAUGUGUUCAAAGCAUGUCUCCCUGCACCCCACCUACCUUUAAAAACUACUCGGCAGCAGUAUAGUGCAACAACCAGCCAGAGUGCCUAAAGUUGAAAUUGCAGUUCUAUCCUUAAGUAGCUGUGUCACUUUGGAUAAAUUAAUCUGUCAGUGCUUGCUUCCUCAUUUGCAGUACAGUUGGCCCUCUAUCCAUGAAUUCUCUGUGUUUGGAUUCAGUGAUCCUCAGAUUGCAAAUAUUUAAGAAAAAUAUACAUA